UUUUAUUUACUGUGUCGUUACAGCGCCGCUGCUGUUAGUUUAGUGUCUUAAAUCAUAAAUCAUCUUACAUCAUAACAGAAGAUGGAUACGAUUUAUCACCAGACUAAUAAGCAGAUUCAGGAGAUCCAGUCCCAGAUGGGCAGAUUGGAAAAAACUGAGCCACAAUCAGUACAUUUGGUAGAAAAUGAGUUGCAGGCCAGAAUCGAGCAGGUCUUCAGUCAGCUGGAACGACUGGAAAUUCUGUCAGGCAAAGAGCCGCCCAACCGCCGUCAGAACGCCAAGAUGCGCGUGGACCAGCUGAAGUAUGACGUGCAGCAUUUGCAGUCGGCCCUGAGGAACUUCCAGCACAGGCGCUACGCACGUGAGGCUCAAGAGAGAGAGAGGGAGGAGCUGCUGAGCCGCACUUUCACCACCAACGAAGCAGACACCUCGAUUCCAAUCGACGACACGCUUCAGUUCAACUCCAGCCUGCACAAUGCACACAGAGGCAUGGACGACCUGCUUGGCUCCGGCUCCAGCGUCCUCAAUGGCCUCCGCGACCAGAGAGGCACACUUAAGGGUACUCAUAAGAAGAUGCUGGAUGUGGCAAACAUGUUGGGGCUGUCCAACACAGUAAUGCGUCUGAUCGAGAAACGAGCAACACAAGAUAAAUUCAUCAUGAUUGGCGGCAUGUUGGUCACCUGCAUUGUUAUGUUGCUGGUUGUCAAAUACUUAAGCUGAACCCUUCUGCCAUAAAUGGACCUCAUUAUGUAUUACAUCAAUAUCAAUAUAUAUAUAUUACAUCCAGGUGCAUAUAUAUAUUUAUACCUGAUGUAAUGUACUAUAUACACCUGGUGUAAUUUUAUGUUAACAGUAUUAGACUGUUAAUGCUGCUGUCUUUUUUCUCAUCAUCAGAAGCCCUACCUGACUCGAUCCUUAUUUGUAUCUGGCCUUGUAUCUGGACCAGCACCUUGUAUCUGGACUAACCCCCCCCCCCAUAAGACAUAGUCUAUCAUGUCUGUUUAGAUGCCUGACUGAAUACUAGCACAGCGCUCUGCACAACCAGAGCGCCCUCCAUUACAAACAGGUGUAAAACUUUCAUUUUAAACAUGCCUUUGUGCACAAACACAGAUUCAAAACAACAUGAUUUUGGUUUGGUAAUAAGUUGAGACUGCUAUAGAUGCAAAGAUGGUGCUUUCCAAUACUAAUAGCCAUGGUUUUAAAUUAGAAUGCAAGCUUGUGGUAGGAUAUCCACUUGCAUUGAUUUAUGAAGUGUAUAUCGGUGAGUUCUGUUUAAGGGUAAGUCAAGGUUCUGGGCAAACAUAAAAUGUGAGGUCUAGACAUGAUGUAAACACAUGCCUGCCACAAAGUUCCAUCAUAUAACCAGAGCCCCCCAAAAAAAAAAUUGUUCUCUCUGUGCUGCUGAUUAUAUUAGGGGGUAAAUGGCACAGUGAUGAACCCAGUUUAUACCUCUGAUCUGUCUGAGACAAACAGAACAUGAACUUAAUCGAUAAAUAAUGAUUAAAUAGACUAGCAUGUACUGACAUGCAUAAACCAUUUGAUUAGGUGUGUCAACUAAUAAAUAAAGAAGAGAUACACCUAGUAGGUAAACAGUUACUGAUGGUAUCUUUUUUGUGUAAAAUGUGUCAGCCUGCUCUCUAUCAGUGGAAAGAGGCCAUCAAUGAAGCGCUAUUUGGAGUAUUUACAUUUUCGGGAUUUAGCAGAUGCUUUUAUCCAAAGCGAUGUACAGUUGUGACAGUAUACUGUCUAAGCAAUUGAGGGUAAAGGGUCUUGAACCAGCUACCUUUUAAUUACUAGUCCAGGACUUUAACCACUAAGCUACAACUUCCCCUUAGCAAAGUAAUGAUAUACCUGAAUCAGAAUCAGAAUCAGCUUUAUUCGCCAAGUAUGUUUACACACACAAGGAAUUUGUUUCCGGCUGUUGUUAGCUCUCUACAAUUUACAAUACUAUGAAGUGCUUUUAUCUAGAAGGUGUACUUGAUUAAAUGUGUAAUAACUAUAUGACUAAAACCCACACAAUAAGCCCCUAAACCACUCUCUAUUCCCUUUCACAGCCUUUUCAACAAUGGCUUUUCAAUCAAACGAGCAUUUAAAGGUUAGAUACUGAUUUUGGAUGGGAAAUACUGGCUCAUGACCUUAAUUCCAACUCAUCCCAAAGGUUGUCAGUAGAGUUGAGGUCCACCUAAUGUCCAACCAAUGGUCAUGGUCAGAUGACCACAUACUUUGGGCAGCAUACAUUCCUUUUUUCAGCAAACUGUUUCUUUAUAUGAACUGCAAUGUAAUUAGAAAUGUUCUAGAGAAUAGUAAGUUUGCUUUUUUAGAUUUUUUAUUUUAGUAAGAGCUUAUUUUGUCUGUUUUGUCUGAGUGGGUAAGUCGGCUGUCGUGAAGCAGAAGAAACGACCAAACUGAACAGAACCUUUGUCAUUCAGAAGUGAAAAUGGUCACCAGUUUUAUAAUGCAUUAUUAUUUGUUGGAAUUUAUGUGAAGGUUCAGAGAACAUUUUCUGUAUUUAGAAAAUUUUUACGUUUUAAAUUUUACCUCAAGCUAACUCUCCAUUCUCUCUCUUUUAAAGAGUUUGAAGAGUAUACAUCUCCACGUACAUAUUUAAAUCAUGUUUUCAUCUAAACAAAGAUCUAUUUCAUUCUCCUACAUGUUGGUGAUCUAAGCAGCCAAUAAUAUAUGGACAGUUUUGUUUAGUAUAGGUAGAAAAUGAAAAGAAAUGAGAACUGCUUUUGCUAUCAGGCGGUUAAACCGUGCCACUUGGUGGAUGAAACUAGCAUAACAUUGCUUUGUUCGGCAUAACUAAAAUAGUUCCAGUCUUAAUUUAUUUAAAACACAGUAACACAAAACGUUCCAGUCUUUACUUUCCACUCAAAACACUUUAAUAAAUAUAGCCAGGGUUAUUUCACCAAGCAGAAUUUGUAGAUUAGCUUUAGCAAACAUACUGAAUAAACAAAUUUCAACAGCAUGAUGUCAAAUUCAAGUUAACUUUGUUAUGUUGCAUUAGAUUUAGUUUCUUUGAAGCAAAAAUAGGUUAUUGUAAUACUUUACAUUGUAAAGUUUACAACACAGCGAUGAUCACCACAGACGUUUGCUUUAUUAAUUCCUGUCAGAUAUCGUGGUACAGAUCGGAGAAAUAGACUACUAUGAACUAAAUGUGACAUUAUUUGUUAUUAAUAUUAAUAGUUAGACCAAUUCUGUUUAAUUUAUGAUUUCUAAACCAGGCCUAAUCAAUAAAAUGGCUACAGAUUGAC